CUUUAAUUGAAAAAUUAUAACAACGUUUACCCAUUCAUAUGGGUUUUCACUGUAUAACCACCGAAGUUUGUGUGAUUUAAUAUCUCUAAUUGUUCUAGAGAGCUCUGAAAAAUGGAGGAAGCAUUGAUAGUGGGCAGAUAUUUAUAUUGGGAGCAAUGGGUUCUGGUGGGAGUAGUACUGACUGUGACACUACUUCUGUGGAAAACAUUAUGGGUUUCAAGAGGAAGCAGAAAAAACCAGCAUAUCCCACUGCCGCUAGGAUCUACUGGAUGGCCGCUCAUUGGAGAAUCGAUAAGUUUCUAUCGAGGUCUCAGAUCUGCUCAACCACGACAGAUCAUCCAAGAUCAUGAGAAGAAGUAUGGACCAGUGUUUAGAACUAAUUUGUUUGGAAGAAAACGGAUGGUUGUAUCAGUGGAUCCAGAGUUCAAUAGAUAUGUUUUGCAAAAUGAGGGCAGGUUGUUUCAAGCGAAUUACCCCCAAUCUUUCAGAAAUCUUGUUGGGAAAUAUGGUUUAGUGAAUGUUCAUGGUGAUCUGCAAAAGAAGCUCCAUGCAGUUGCCGCCAAUUUGUUGAAACAGGACAAUCUCAUCUCGGACUUCAUGGAUGAUAUUCAAAAUUUCCUGCUUGCAGAUAUGCAGAGAUGGCAGCACAAGGGUGUCAUCCAUCUUCAAGAGGAAUGUAAUAAGGUUCUUCUCAAAAUUAUGGGCAAAAAGUUGUUGGACUUAUCUCCUUCGGAAGAGACAGAAGAAAUCUACAAGGCUUUUGAGGCAUAUGUGUUAGCUAUCAUUUCUAUCCCCAUCAAAUUCCCAGGAUCUAGUUAUGCAAGAGGGAUUAAGGGAAGAGAAACAAUCAAAAGAAAGAUUGAAGAGUGUAUACAAGAGAGACGACAAAAUCCACAAGUGAUUCGUAAUGAUUUUCUAACCAAACUAUUGAAAGAAGAGUCAUGGCCUGAUGAAAUUAUUAUUGAUCUUUUAUUAUUUAUAAUGUUUGCUGGUUAUGAGACUUCUUCUACAAGCAUGGCCUUUGCAAUAAAAUUUCUCACAAACAAUCCACGGGCAUUGGAGGAACUAAGGGUAGAGCAUGACUCUCUCUUGAAAGACAAUGGAAAUAGAAAGUUGACGUGGGAUGACUAUCAAGCUAUGAAAUUCACCCAUUGUGUGAUAAAAGAAACUCUUCGAUUGGGUAAUGCUGGCCUAGGGGCUUAUAGAGAAGCAAAACAAGAUAUUAAAUUUAAAGAUUUUGUCAUUCCCAAAGAGUGGACAGUGCUUGUGCUCCUAUUUGGCACACAUUUAGAUGAAAAAUACUAUCCUGAACCAUUCACUUUCAAUCCAUGGCGUUGGCAAAAUGAGUCUCCCCUAGCUUUGUCUGACAAUCCAUGGUUUAUGCCAUUUGGGAGAGGUGCUCGAUUGUGUCCAGGAUUCCAUUUGGCCAGAUUUGAAAUUGCUCUCUUCCUACAUAACUUUGUCACUAAAUUUAGGUGGGAACCAAUUGGAGAUGAUCAAAUUUGUUACUUUCCAGCACCUACUCUAGUAAAUCAUCUUCUGAUUCGUUUAUAUGAUCGUUAGUGACAUGCAAAUAAGUGAAAAACACUAAGACAUAUGAGAUUUUGAUUUUUGUUACAUAUAAAUAUAUAAAAUAAUAAAGAAUAAUGUCAAUUAUGAACACCAAAUAAAA